GGCUGGUGGUUCGAUACGCUGUGCAAGGAGCCUCCUGAAUCAUGGCGAAGGGCAAGGACAAGUCCCAAGGCAAGAAGUCCGGUAAUGACGACAGCGCGCAUUCGACUGCGACAGAGAGUAAGGGUACCAGCAAGGCUUCCAACAAGGGCGCCAGCAAAGCCGAGAGCAUGGCCUCCUACUCGCCAGAGAGCAAGACUACCAGCAAGCCAACUAGCAAGGUUUCCAGUAAGGCGCCCAGCAAGGCACCCAGCAGGGUAUCUGGAAAAGCUACCAGUAAAGCGCCCAGCAAGGCACCCAGCAAGGUUGCCGGCAAGGCGCCAAGCAAGGCGCCCAGCAAGGUAUCCGGCAAGGCUGCCAAUAAAUCGCCCAGCAAGGCUCCGAGCAAGGCCCCUAGCAAGGCCUCCGCUAAGGCUCCGAGCAAGGCCUCCCCUAAGACUCCGAGCAAGGCUUCGAGCAAGACUCCGAGCAAAUCGACUAGCAAGGCGGGCAGCAAGGCGCCCAGCAAGGCACCCAGCAAGGCUCAAAGCAAGCUGCACCAAAAGUUGAAGCAAAGGUGCGUUCUCGCUCUUUUUUCUUUUUUUUAGCAUUAGAAAUUAAGUAGUUUCGGUUUGUCUUUAAACGUGCUACCCUUUGCUAAAUACUCGCUGUCGGAGAGGUUCACGGCAGCAGCAACGCGGUACUGACAUCUUGUGACACGCGUUUAACCAGAUACCACACAAAGCUAAUACUGCAGUGACCUACAAUUUUCUACAUAACCACUGAUUGCAAGCGGUUAGUAGCGACGUUAUCUUUAUUAUGAAAUCCUUUUAUGACUUAUCAUCAACGAAAACAAGGACGCAAAACAAAAAUGUUUCGAACUCAUUGUAGUUGGGAAUAGCAUCGCAGCGGUUCACUACCUGUUUUGCUACUUCCGUCCAAGGCUUCCGUAACCUGGCAACUUUAUUUUAUUGAGUUUUAUUUUAUUGAAUCUUAUUUUUAUUGAAUUUUAUUGCGUCCAGCAACUAAGCGUAGUUGCUGGACGCAAUAAAAUUUCCUAGACAUAGCUUGUCCAUAAACGUAGAUGGUCAUAGUAACGCAGGUAGCGGCA